CCACUUUGUUCUAACUCUUUGGUCAGAAACAGAGAAGUAGUUAGUGUUCUUUUGAUUUGAUUUGAGAUGGAAAGAGAUUUUCUAGGUUUGAGCGACAAGCAGUAUCUGAGUAAUGUUGACGAUGAUCGUGUCGGAGAACGAGGCUUCAGCAAAUGGAGCCCAUUAUCUGGAAGUGCGUUUCAAAACGCGAAUCCUCAGCUGAUUAUCUUCUAUGCCGGAACUGUUAGCGUGUUUGAUGACAUAUCUCCUCAUAAGGCUAAAUCCAUUAUGUUAUGUGCUGGAGAAACUGGAGAGAGCAGUUUAAAGAAACCGCUUCAAGAAACUGAAAGAGUCUAUAGAAAAAAAAUCUAUAACUCUGCUACUCCUGCUGCAUCAUCAAGCUCUGCCACAUACUGUGAUAGUUUCUCUAGGUGUGGAGACAGGCCCAUUGGUGCGACUAAUGCCAGGAGUAUGAUCGAAUCGUUCAACGUAGAUCCUAGCAAUAUGAUGCCUUCAGUUCCUCAAGCUCGUAAAGCAUCGUUGGCUAGGUUCCUGGAAAAGCGCAGAGAGAGGCUCAUGAAUGCAAUGCCAUACAAGAAGAUGCUUCUUGAUCUGUCAACAGGAGAAUCAUGUGGAAUGAAUUACUUUUCUGCUUCUCAUACCUAAAAACCACCUCCUUCGUUUUUAAUCAUCUUUGAGGUUUUGACGAUGGUGAUUUGUAAUAUUGUCAUUAGAUUAUUAUUAUUAAAGCCUCCAUUUAUCAUGUCACGAGGAGGAGAAGGCGUUAGGCGUCUCUGUAUUUGAGCAUUGUUGUAAUGGUUA